AUGUCCACCAAAAUGGUUGUCAACCAGCCCAAGCCGUUCAGCGUGAGCAACUUCUCCAACCAGUGGAACUCCGGGAUCUGUGACUGUUUCGACGACCUGCCCCAGUGUUGCUUGGCCUUUUGGUGUCUCCCCUGCUUCACAUGUAAGACAUAUGAGGCCGGGGAGUGUCUGUGUCUGCCUUUGCUGGACACCUUUGGACUCAUCCCACCGGUGACCGUGUCUCUCAGGGUGUCGGUGCGACAGCGCUACGGCAUCGAGGAUACAGUUUGUAACGACUGUAUCUACGGCUGUUGCUGCGGGCCUUGCAGCUGGUGUCAGAUAGCGAGAGAAAUGAAAACCAGGAUGGCUCCCAUCACCCUUAUCAACACCCGGACCAGAUAAAAUCGGCGGACAACUGAUUCAGUCAUCAAAACACCGCCUUCGCCACCACCACCACCACAGUCGUCAUCGUCGCUGCUGAUGUCACCAUUGCCACAAUCCCCUGUUGUGAUUGCCAUCAUCAUCAUCAUCAUCAUCACCGUCAGGAAAACUGACACCCUCUGCCUCUUCACUACCGCCGGAUUUAGCAAGAUCACUAGAUGACUUACGCUGGAAUGCUGGUUCAUUGUUCCUCUCCAUCCCUCACCGGCUCCACAUUCCUCCUCAACGUCACUUCAUUGUCACUUGAACCAAUACCGAUCUCUAAUCUGUUUCACGCACAUCUGAGUCCUAGGAAUGCCAGCCAGCGGCUGACUGAGGACCAGCACAUGAAGGUGUGUGGGUGGAGCAGAGCUCAUGGCUACCUAGGACAGUAAAGAUAAGCAGACAUUUUAAACUCCGUGAAUCCUGUCAAUCAAGCAGAUGAUGACGCUGUACCGGUGUUUUAAACCCCACUGAUUCGGCUCACACUGUCUCACAAUCACAACGCACGUGUCGACCGGGCGUUUUUAAAGCUCUUACGUGUCUAUCCAUGUUAUUUUCCAUCGACUUUGUAAUUUAUUUUCUUUUCACCAGUUUCUGUUAAAACAUUUUUGGGGAAAGAUGCGAGCAUAUCCGCCACGCGUAUUACCUUUGGGAAAAUUGUUCACAAUGUUUUGGAUGCUGGGUAUUUUCCUAUUACUCCUCGCUCUCAAAGCGUUUUUUUUUUUAGAUCUCCAACGCAUACAAAUGGGAUUUCCUUGUUGACACGUCAUUUAUCAAAGAUCAUGCGAUGGACGUGGAUAAUGUCUUGUAAUCGCGUCGACGAUACACACAUGGUAAAGCUGCACAAGCAGAGCAAUAAACUCUACGGUACACCUCCGA